AUGUCGGACAGCGACGCCGUCGACACCGACAAAGGCCCCUCCGACAAAGGCGAUAUCCUGCUUCAGCAGCGGUCGUCCGUCUGCGGGAAACCGACCCAGACCCAGCUCCCACUGCACCGCCGCCUUCAGCAUGCCGCAAAGUCUCUCUAUCAAUCCACCAUCGUCGAGCUAGUUCUUCGACAAAAGCAAAUCACGCCUUCCAAAGAUGGCAGACACAUUCCCCUCGCCAUUGAGCACGUCAAGCCCCUCGUCGAUACCCGUCGUGGCCACGCUUACAUUUCCAACGAUGUUCGCACCUCGCGGUACACCAUCUGGGAUUUCAUCCCGAAGCAGCUCAUAUUUCAGUUCUCUCGCGUCGGAAACUUUUACUUUCUUUGCGUCGGAAUCCCUCAAACUAUCCCGGGACUCUCGACCACCGGCUCAUUCACAACCAUCUUGCCGCUCCUCUUCUUCGUCCUCCUGACCAUAGUAAAGGAAGGCUACGAUGACUACAGGCGCCACCGCUUGGACAAGGUUGAGAAUGCUAAUUUCGUCACCGUUCUGGGCCGCGAGGACCGCUGUGCCGUGAAGGCGAAGCGGCUGAAUAGUCGUCCGUGGGACCGGUGGAAUCCAUUUCGCACCAGGGAACCAUCGCAACCCCGCCCGGUUCCAGACGAAGAGUUUCACGGCGUGCGAUGGGUCUCGUCCAGAUGGAGCAACACCAAGGUCGGCAACGUCGUGCGCCUAUCCCGUGAUGAGCCCGUGCCCGCCGACAUUGUUCUGCUCCACAGCAGCGGCGAGAACGGCCUGGCCUACAUUGACACGAUGGCCCUCGACGGGGAGACCAAUCUCAAGACGAAGCAGGUGUCUCACGCCCUGCGCGGCUGCGACUCCAUCGAGGGCAUUGCGAAAUGUGAUGCCGAGUUUGUUGCCGAGGAUCCGAACCCAGAACUGUACAACUUUGAUGGCCGCGUUACCGUCAAUGGCAAGCCAGUCCCGCUGACUCUCAACGAAAUCAUGUAUCGCGGCAGCAUAGUACGAAACACGGACUGUGCCAUCGGCAUCGUCAUCAACACCGGAGAGGAAUGCAAGAUUCGAAUGAACUCCAACCAACAUCCCCGCGCGAAACGGCCGGCUCUCGAAAAGGUUGUCAACAUCAUCGUCCUUACCCUGGCCGCCUACGUCAUCAUCGUAUCCGUAGGCGUCUCUGUGGGAUACCUCAAGUGGCAGAAAGACUUUGAAAACCAUUCUUGGUAUCUCGCCGGCGCCGCCGUCCCGUUCCACCAGAUCAUCAUCGCCUUCAUCAUCAUGUUUAAUAACGUCGUGCCCUUGGCCCUGUACAUCAGCUUGGAAAUCGUCAAAGUCGGUCAGUUUCUCCUGCUCAACUCGGAUAUUGAAAUGUACGACGAAGAAACGGACACGCCCGCGCGGUGCAACACCAACACCAUCCUGGAGAACCUCGGCCAGGUUGGCUACGUCUUCUCCGACAAGACGGGAACUCUCACGGACAACAUCAUGAAAUUUCGCAAGAUCAGCGUCGCGGGAACCGUCUGGCUUCAUGAGAUGGAUCUGGAAACCCACACCGUCGAUGAUUGGGGAACGUCGGGUGCUGACGACGGGCACUUUGUACGGAAGCCCUCCAUCCACAGGGAAGCAAUCAGCGUCGUGAUCCGCGAGGAAGAUGCCGAACCUGUUGACUCGCCCAUGUCGCCCAGGCUAUCCAUCGGAAGGCGCUCGUCCUCACACUGGCGAUCCACCGGUCGCCCGGAUCAUGUGCAACCAGAGGUCAACACCUCGGACAUGAUCAAGUACAUGCGCCUUCGACCGCACUCUCCAUUUGCCCGAAAGGCAAGAGAGUACCUUAUGGCUGUUGCGCUCUGCCACACGUGUCUGCCGGAGAUGAAGGAUGGGAAGAUGAAUUUUCAAGCAUCCUCGCCCGACGAGCUUGCCCUGGUCAGAGCAGCGCAGGAGAUGGGAUACCUGGUGACGCAACGCACGUCGCAGAGCAUAACCUUGCAGGUGCCGCAGAUGACCGGUCAUACCGAGACCAUGACCUUUCAGAUUCUGGAUGUCAUCGAGUUCAGCAGUGCCCGCAAGAGAAUGUCCAUCGUGCUUCGAUACCCCGACGGCCGCGUUUGCAUCAUUUGCAAGGGCGCCGAUUCAGCUAUCCUGCCCCGUCUUAAGCUGUCCUCCCUGGCCAUGCAAAAGGCGACCGAGGUCCGCAUGAGUGCCGACAUUGAGCACGAAUUAUAUCGACGCAGCGAGCAGAAGGAGCCUCGAAACAGCUUCGGUGGCCGCCGGAGCCUUACCGUCCGCCGAAAUCCCAUCGUCGUGACGGAUCGUACCAUCAACCAGCAACCGUCGGCCGACAGGAGCAAGUCGUUUGAGAUUCACAAGUUUGUUCGGAUGUCCGAUGAUCGGCCCCGCGGCUCCGUCUCCGGAGUCCGAGGAGUGUCGUUUGAUGUGUCCCGAAAUCAGUACCUAGCGACGUCAGGAAACCGGCCAACUGUGCCUGACCGGCUUGGCUUUCUCGACGAUCUUGCCAAAUACGACGACUCGGACAUCUUUGCCAAAUGCUUCAAGCAUCUCGACGACUUUGCCACGGAGGGUCUUCGUACGUUACUAUACGCCCAGAAAUUCCUGUCACAGCAGGAGUAUGUCGUGUGGAAGAAAUCCUAUGACGAUGCGACGACGAGCCUCACCGACCGCCAGAGUAAGAUCGAAGCCGCUGGGGAGAUGAUUGAGCAAUCUCUUGAUCUCAUCGGAGCAACGGCCAUCGAGGAUAAGCUGCAAAAGGGUGUCCCUGAAACAAUCGAUAGACUGCGGCGGGCCAACAUCAAGAUUUGGAUGCUCACUGGCGACAAGCGCGAAACUGCCAUUAAUAUUGCACACUCUGCCCGAAUUUGUCGCCCAGGAUCCGAGCUCUACAUUCUUGACGUCACGAAGAGCUCGCUCGAAUCGCAGCUUGUGGCGGUGACCGAAGACCUCCAAGCAGGCUCCGUCCAUAGUGUCGUCGUCAUCGAUGGCCAUACCCUCAGUGCCGUGGAAAAUUCUGCAGAACUUUCACAAAAGUUUUACGCCAUCAUGAUUCUUGUCGACUCCGUCAUUUGCUGCAGAUCGUCACCGGCACAGAAGGCACUGCUUGUGCGCACCGUUCGCUCGCGGCUGGGCGCCUUCAAAGGGAAGCACCAGCGGGGGCUGACGUUGGCCAUCGGCGACGGAGCAAACGAUCUCGCUAUGAUCCAAGCAAGCCACGUUGGCAUCGGAAUAUCUGGGAAAGAGGGACUUCAGGCCGCCCGUGUUGCUGACUAUGCCAUAGCACAGUUUCGGUUUCUACAGAGGUUACUUCUAGUCCACGGGCGCUGGAACUAUAUUCGCACCGCCAAGUUCAUCCUCUGCACGUUUUGGAAAGAAAUGUUCUUCUACCUACCAGCAGUGGUGUAUCAAGGGUAUAAUGGUUAUACCGGUACCUCCUUGUACGAAUCUACAAGCCUAACUGUAUUCAACACCCUAUUCACCAGCCUCUGUACCAUUUGCAUGGGCGUCUGGGAGCAGGACCUGAGUGCAGAAACACUUCUCGCCAUACCAGAGCUCUACGUGCACGGACAACGCAACAUGGGGCUAAACAUUUGGAAAUAUACCCGAUGGAUGGUGCUGGCCGCCGUCGAGGGUAUCCUUGUGUGGUACGCCGUCGUGGCUGGUUACGGACGAAUCACCCCUGGACCGCGUGACGAGGGACUAUAUGCUUUGGGAACUCUCAUCUUUACCAUAGGAAUCCUGUGGAUUAACUGGAAACUUUUCAUUCUCGAGACACAUUACAAACCCGCCCUCGUGAUGGGAUCAUUCUUCCUCACAACUGUUGGUUGGUUUGCUUGGGUUGCAUUCCUGGACGGCGUGUACGGGGCACAGCCUUCCGGGCCAUAUGCCAUACGCUAUGCAUUCCGUGACGGUUUCGGCAAGGACGCGCUCUGGUGGUCGACAGUGUUCAUCGUGCUCGCCAUGAUGGGCUUGAUGGAAGUGUGCAUGAAAGUGCUCAAGCGAAGCAUGCUGAUCGCGGGCAUCUGGCACUGGCCGCCGUGGAAGCGGGCGAAGCUGAGCGACAAUGUGGAAGAGUGGGAUCUGGCGUUGUGGCAGGAGCUGGAGCAGGACCCGCCGAUGCGGGAAAAGCUCAAGAAGCUUGCUUGUGAUGACUUUGAGGAUGAAGCUGAUGACGACGUCGAAGACGAAGUAUUCGGACAAACAUAG